GGCUCAAGCCGCCUUGAGCGAACGGACCGCGCGACCAUCUCCCCUCGCCCGCCCCGCAUUCCCAGGGUUGUUUCGCGAGCAUGGAUCAGACCGAGAAGGCUUUCCAGAAGCAGGACGCAGUCUUCAUCGGUGCGAAGCGCCUCCUCGGGAAGAAGGCUGGCAAGAAGGCCCUGCGCUACUGGCGCAACGUGGGCCUCGGCUUCAGCACCCCGAAGGAGGCGAAGGAGGGAAACUUCGUCGACAAGAAGUGCCCGUUCACGGGGAACGUCAGCAUCCGCGGCAAGAUCCUGAAGGGCAUGGCGAUCUCCUGCAAGAUGAAGAGGACGGUCAUCAUCAGGCGCAACUUCCUCCACUAUCCGGAAGUUCAACCGCUUCGAGAAGCGUCACACCAACCUGGCCGCGCAUUGCUCCCCGGCCUUCGAUGUGAAGGAGGGCGACAAUAUUAACCAUGGGCCAGUGCAGGCCUCUGUGCAAGACGGUGCGCUUCAACGUGCUCAAGGUGGAGAAGAACCAGAUCUUCGGAACCGCACGGAAACAGUUCCGGCUGUUCUGAGCGGUUCGUCGGCGACCAGAGUGGCUCCGGAGAGAAAGUGGUCGAUGACGUCGAGGAUGAGGGGUGGACGAGAA